AAAAUUAGUAUGUCCGAAGAAUAAUUGUGUCCUAAUCACGAACUUGCUGAACAUAUGGCUUCAAAUUUGCGUCCUUCGAAACGAAGUUCCUGGAAGAAGUCAUUAGAAUUCGCGUUGUAUGAACGGUUUAUUAUCUUUCUAGGAUUCAUUAGAAUAUUUUAAUAGAAAUAUGCAGCGUAAUUUACUCCGAGCGUCAAAUUUUCAGCUAUUGCAAAAACGCUUCUUCAAGAAAUACCAUGUCAGGGUUAGAUUUGCGCCCAGUCCUACUGGUCAUUUGCACUUAGGAGGAUUACGUACUGCAUUGUACAAUUAUUUAUUUGCACGCAGCAACAAGGGCACCUUCCUUCUGAGAAUCGAAGACACCGAUCAGACAAGAGUCGUUCCUGGAGCAAUAGAGAAACUUCAGGACGACUUGCUAUGGGCAGGAAUCAUACCUGACGAGGAUCCUACCAGAGGUGGUCCAACCGGUCCUUAUGUACAAUCAGCACGGCUUGAAUUAUAUAAGGAACAAGUGUUGAAACUCUUAAACAAUGAAUCUGCCUAUUAUUGCUUUUGCACUGAGACAAGACUGAAUUUAUUAAGAAAAGAAGCAAUAAAAUGUGGCCAAAUACCUAAAUAUGAUAACAGGUGUCGACAUUUUAAUAAAGAUAAAGUGAAAGAAAUGCUUAGGAAGAAUUCGUCUUAUUGUAUCAGAUUUAAGUUAUCAUCCACACCAGAAUCCUUUAACGACUUGGUUUAUGGAGAUGUAUUGCAUGAUAUUUCUAAAACUGAAGGGGAUCCAGUCAUUGUAAAAUCAGAUGGCUAUCCUACUUACCACUUUGCAAAUGUGAUAGAUGAUCAUUUUAUGGAAAUUUCUCAUGUCUUACGGGGUAUUGAGUGGCAAGUUUCUACACCUAAGCAUAUUAUGCUUUAUAAAGCGUUUGGUUGGGAUCCUCCUAUUUAUGGACAUUUGCCUUUAAUAUUAAAUGCAGAUGGAACCAAAUUAUCAAAGAGGCAAGGUGAUAUAAAGGUUGAGUCAUUUAGAAAACAGGGUAUUUUUCCAUUAGCAUUAUUGAAUUAUGUGAUAGGCGCUGGCGGUGGUUUCUAUAAAGAACAACAGAAUCAAGAUCUUUACAGUUAUCAGCAGCUAAUUAAAAAGUUCGAUAUUAGUAAAUUAAAAAUGAGUUCUGGCAAACUUAUGCCUGAAAAAUUAUUAGAGUUUAAUAAAUUGGAAAUAGCAAACUUGCUAAGAAACGAGAAGAAUCAUAAAUUUUUAAUUGAGCGGGUUAAAAAAUUAGUGUUGGAAGCAUUUUCCGAAAGGAAAAAUGAUGGAAGUUUGCAGUUGGAUGAUUAUCACAUAAUUAGUACGUUAAAAUGGUCACAAAAUAGAAUAUCUACACUCAAUGAUCUUGUCAAAGAGGAGCUUGCAUUUUUAUGGAUUGUUCCAGCUUCUGUGCCAAAUAUUGAACAAGCUGGAUGUUCAGAUGCGAUCAAACUGUUAAAUGCAGAAUUAGGUGAAAUAGAUGAAAGUAAUUACAAGACUGAUUGGAUGAUCAUGUAUCUGAAAAACUUUGCCGAAAAGAAUAAAAUUCCAUUUGCUGCUUUGAUGAAAAUUCUGAGAAGCGUUUUAAGCGGUUUAAAGGCUGGACCACCCGUUGCUGAAAUGAUGGAAAUUUUAGGAAAGGAUAGAACAUUGUUACGAUUACAGCGUUGCGUUUCCUGAGAAUUUAUAUAAAUUAUUUAAUUGAAGAUUGUGAUAUACUUUAUAUUGAUUGUGACAUAUUUUCUAUUGACAGUAAGAUACAUCUGGAAUAGAUUUGUGAUUAAAUUUAUAUGUUACUAUAUAUAACAGAAA